AUGCCAUUAUUCAGUCACUAUGGUGAUAUCCCAGACAAUUCGGCUGCGUUAUCAUUACCAUCGCUGGUCUUCGUAAUCCUCACCCCAAUCGUUGUGGCCACAAGGCUGCUCGGUCGACAGUAUCUUUCCGGUCAAAUUGGACCGGACGAUUGGAUCAUUUUGACUUCUUGUGUCUUUGCGGAAACGGUUUCAAUCCAAAUGAUAGUCGUCUGCAGAUGGGCAUUCGGCAAGCACGAAGAUGAUGUCUCUAAAGAGUUGCUCAUUCGGACAUUAAAGCUCUAUUUUAUCGCCCAGAUAUUAUACAAAAUCAACAUUGGGCUCAGUAAAAUCAGCAUUUUACUGCUAUACCUCCGCCUCUUCAUACAGCGUUGGUUCGUCAUCACCUGCUGGACGUGGAUUGUGAUCAUCACCGCAUUCACUCUCAGCACCGUGGUGUCCAGUAUCUUCCAGUGUUCUCCCGUGCAAUAUGCAUUCGAUAAAUCCUCGCCCGACCAAGGAUCCUGCAUUAACUUGACUGCGUUCUGGUACGCCAACGCCGCAUUCAAUAUCUUCAGUGACUUGGCUCUUGUGGCCCUCCCUGUGCCUGUCAUUAGCCGACUGCAAUUACCUCUUAGGCUGAAGCUAAUCCUCUGCUGUAUCUUCGCCGUCGGUGCAUUCGUCUGCAUCACCUCCAUUCUGCGCAUCACAACCCUCGAUAUCGCGACCUCCUAUCUCGACAUCACCUGGAACAGCAUCGACUCGUCCAAGUGGACCGUCAUCGAAUCAAACCUCGGUAUCAUCUCCGCUUGUCUCCCCGCUCUUCGUCGCCCUCUCGCCUUCCUCUCCCCGCGCCUCUUUGGCAAA